AUGUAUCGACACUUGCGCAAACUCGGCGGGAGGCGCGCCAUCGACGAAGAGGGCAGCGCCGGAGUUGACGAAGAGGAGGAGAUGUCGGCCAGUCCGAGCCGGCGCUUGUCCGGGCAGCAGGACGAGUACAACAGCUCGUCGUCGAUCUCGGACAGCUAUCGCUGCAGCUUGGUCGGCGUGCGCAGACGCGACGAGUGCGCCGCAAUAUCCGAACCCGAACCCCCCGAGAUGCGGCGGAGCAUUGCGCAGUUCACGGUCGAGCUGCUGCAGAACUUGCUCGAGUCGAGAAGCGAGCCGUCGAGCAACGUGGUCUUCUCGCCGCUCGCCACUGAGACCACGCUGUCGCUGCUCUACUCGAUGGCUACGGGCGUUUCUGCCGAGCAGAUCGCCAGCGCCAUGCACAUACAAUGCCCGCCGCUAGACCUGCAGAAGCACGUGUUCCGGCACGCCUACACCCGUCCCACGGUGUUCCGGCCGUACUUCACGCUCAACAAUCGCAUACAGCUGCGUGCGAGGCCUCCAGACGACAGCACCAUCAACGAGCUGCCGGCUCUGGCCAAGGCCUACGAUGUGGACCUCAAGUACGUGAGCUUCGUGGAGGACGCCGCCGGCGUGCGCAACCGCACCAACGAGUGGCUGCACUACCUGUCGGCGUUCGAGUGCGGAGUCGUGUUCCCCGAGCGCUCGGUGACCGACACCUCGUCCAUGGUGCUGGCCAGCCUCACGUACCUGCGCGGAGACUGGAAGUGGCAGUUCCGCCUUCAGGACACCGCGCCGGGAAUCUUCCAUUCCUCGCCCCACGUCCCACGCACGGUGGCGAUGAUGCAUCAGACGGGCCAGUUUCCCAUGGCCGAGCUCGCCGAGAUCGACGCCACGGCGCUGGAGCUCAAGUACCGGCGCCGAAACAAUUCGAUGAUCAUCUUCCUGCCCCACAAACUGGACGGGCUGGCGCUGCUGGAGGAGAAGCUGACCGGAGAUCUGCUGUUGCGCUACCUGGACGAGCUGAAGGAGGAGCGCGAAGUGGCUGUCAGCUUGCCGCGAUUCUGCGCCAAGCAGGUCAUCGACAUGCAAGAUGCCCUUUCAUCGAUGGGCAUCAGAGACGUCUUCACGGGAUUCGCGGACCUUUCAGGAAUCGUAGGCACCAAGGGAUACCACGUUUCACAGGCGAUGCACUGCGCCGUGGUGUGCGUCAAGGAGAAGGGACAGAAGCUGAUGACGUCAGAGGGAGGAAGCGAGCAGCUGACGGAGUUCGCUGUCGACCACCCUUUCAUGUUCUGCGUGGUCGGCAGGAACCCGGACGCAAUCUUGCUCAUCGGCUCCGUGCGAGAGAUAACGUUGCCCUACAUCUGACGCGCAUCGAGAGCGAAGACGCGGAAUGGUGCGCGCACGCGAACUUGAUAAACUAUAGAUUCAUCCUCACAAA